UUCUCGGUACGCGACUAUAAAAGAUAUUGACGAGGGAUUGUACGGCGUUCAGUGCGUUCAAAUACCUUUAUGCAUACGGGCCGUGUGUUAAGACUGUGUAGUUUCGAGCGUUUCAUUUCCCUGCGAGUAUUUCAUUUUAGAUGGUUAGAUUUCAAGAAUUUGAAUUGUGUAACAUUAUUUAGUUCAGUCUGAAUAGUCUUAUACACCUGACCAACCAAAAAUGGAUAGUAAAUUUGCAGGUCGCUUUUCCGUCGUCGUUUUCAUUUUGAUAACCUUGACAACCGGGCUAAUGAAAGCCCUUUUCCCUGCGGUGUACGAUUUAAUCGGAUCUUCCUGUUUGGUGCUGGCAGGGUUGUCUGUGAUAGCAAUUUGCAUUAUUUACUGUGUGAUCCCCAAUAUUCACUCCAACUCUCUUUCCAACAAGUCAAAGGCUGAUUCUACACCAAGAACCAGUAAAGAAAGUCACACAUACAAUAAUUCUACGACGGUGUUGAUGGAAGAGAAACCGCAAUUGUUGGUGAUUAACGGCGCAACAUGUUUACACAUGUAAAUAGCUUACUAGCUCACUCUUGAUAGCCCUCACCUAUGGACAAAUACCAACGUUUUGUUAAGCGCGUUAGGUCGGUACCUCGCUAAAAUUGUUAAACUGUAUAAAACUGAAAUACUGAAAUAUAGGCUACUCUUUUUGGAUUUCUC